AUGCGCAGUAGAGUGCUGAGUGACAGUGACACAGGAGAAGAUACGGCAACAGUGAUGGACAAGUUUUUUAAAAGGAAAGAUGAUGAACUGGACCCUGAACAAAAUUCGGAGCCAGAUGAGAGCCCAAGUAUGAGUGGGGAUCAAAAGAAAGCAAAGACGUUUAGCUCAAGCAAAUUCUCUGGCGCAAGGCAUUAUAGCGAAAGAUAUAUUUCAUUUGGAUUUACUUUCACCGGAGAUGCAAAGAAACCGACUCCACUGUGCUUGGUGUGUGGUGAAAAGCUAUCUAACAGUGCUAUGGUCCCAAGUAAACUUAAACGCCAUCUCCAAACGAAACACCCUUCGCUUCAAAACAAGAAUGCAGACUAUUUUGUUCGCCUGCGUGAAAACACAGAGAAACAGGCAACUUUCAUGAGAAAAACCACAAAGGUAAAUGAAAGAGCUCUUAAAGCUAGCUAUCACGUUGCUGAACUUAUAGCUAAGUCAAAAAAGUCGCACACUGUGGCAGAGACAUUAAUACUUCCUGCCUGCAAAGCCAUUGUAGAGGAGAUGCUCGGACCUGAAGCAGCUAAGGAAAUAGCCAAAGUCCCUCUCUCAGACAACACAAUUUCCAGACAUAUUAAUGACAUGUCUGCAGACAUCGAAAGUGUGGUUUUGGAAAAGAUCCGUAUCGGUGAAAAAUUUGCAUUGCAACUUGACGAGUCUACUGAUAUCAGUGGACAUGCUCAACUCUUGGCCAAUGAUGGAGAAGCCAUUAUUGGAGGAGUUUUCACUGUUAAUUAUUUGAUGAAUCAGCUUAUAUUUAAUAGGGGUGACACUACUUACAUUUGUUUGAGGGUGGAUCAUGCCCAACAAGAAAGGGAUGUCAAUGAGCUCUUAACAAGCUCUGCCUCUGAUGCCACCAGAUGUAGGGCAGCGAUCCUACCCGUGCCUCAGUAUUACAAGGACCUUCUGACUUUCCGUUUCGCCAUUGAGGAAAUUAACCGAGAUCAGACAAUUUUACCUAAUGUCUCUCUGGGAUAUCACAUAUUUGACUCGUGCUCCGACAGCAAUAAAGCUGUGAAAAGUGUCCUACAGAUUCUAUCAGGACCAGGAAUGACCGUCCCCAAUUAUUCCUGUAGAGCAAUGAGGAACGUGGCUGGUUUUAUUGGAGAUCAGAGUUCAUCAACCACAGUGUCCAUCGCUGAGGUCCUGGCAUUAUACCGAUACUCACAAAUCAGCUACGGUGCUACAAGUUCUGUUUUGAACAAUCGGAAUCGCUACCCAACAUUUUACCGCACCAGUCAAAGUGUCAAAAUCAGUUAUUUGGUGUUAUCCAAGCUGAUCAAGUUCUUUAGAUGGACGUGGGUUGGGAUUUUAUCUUCAGAUGAUGAGAGUGGGAAUGAGGAGGUUCAAAUUUUGACACAAUAUCUGACCAUUAAUGAAAUCUGUGUGGCCUACACCAUAAAAAUAAAGUAUGUUCCCCUACGUUUUCUGGAUGCCAUUGAAAAAAUGAACUCUGAGAUCAUCAGAAAGUCCUCAGCCCAGGUUAUAAUACUCUGUGGGACAUAUUCUCCAUUCCUUGGAGAUCAGCUAAAGAUAAUACAAGAUGUGCUCCGUGAUAAGACCCUGGUCCUCGGUCCUGCAUUUGCAUCAAUCACUAGUCUUAUGGAGCACCACAAAGAAACAUUUAAUGGGAGUCUGGCUCUUGAACCUUCUGAAUUUCCUGUACCAGACAUGACAAGUUUCUAUGAAAGGUUCCAGACGAUAAAUCAUCCAGAAGACAUGUUACUGGCUCAUAUUUGGUUGGUAUACCUGCACUGUUUAUCAAGAGAUCGACGUAUGAAUGAUUUCCAUCAGUUCGCAUACAACAAAACUCUACAUAACUGUACCGGGACAGAGCGGGUCACCGAUUUUUACAACUUUAAAGGCAUAGGACUCUCUGACCGAGUAUAUAAAGCUAUUUACUUAUUGGCUCAGGCUCUACAUGAUCUGCACAUGUCUACAGACAGAGGGUCUACUAAUAAGACUGCUCUUCUACAUAGAUAUAGACAUCAGCUUCACCGGUUCCUGGGAAGCCAGAAGGAUAAUGCUGGAAAUCGUCUCUUCUAUGAAAAUGGAGAUUUAAUCACUCAAUACACACUUGUUAAUAGGCUCAGUUUAACGAAUAGAUACCUUGGCUUAAAUUAUCAGGUUGGAUCUGCAAAAACAGUUCAAAGUCUUCCUACAUUUAAUAUCACAGUGGAGAAGAUCAUAUGGAAGAACAGGAACAACAAGAUCCCUAGAUCUCAGUGUUCGGAAAACUGUUUACCGGGAACCAGAAAGGUCUCAAAAUCCAGAAUCUAUUCCUGCUGCUAUUAUUGUGUUCAGUGCUCCGUGGGAGAAAUCUCCAAUACUACCGACAGUGAAAAAUGCAUGAAAUGUUUGGACCUUGAUUGGCCCAAUGAGAAGAAGGAUGGUUGUGCUCCAAAGCUGCUGGAAUUUCUCUCCUACACAGAUGACAUAAUCGUCCUGGUUGUUUCUCUGGUUUCUACUCUACUUUCUUUCCUUACAUUCUUGAUUCUUAUAACUUUUAUUUUGCACCAAGACACGGCCAUUGUGAAGGCCAAUAACAGAAACCUGAGCUUCCUUCUCCUGGUCUCCAUCAUGCUGAGCUUCCUCUGUGUCUUCUUGUUCCUAGGACAUCCAGUUGACCUCACUUGCAUGCUACGUCAGGUUUCAUUUGGAAUCCUCUUCUCAGUAGCUGUUUCUUGUGUCUUGGCCAAAACAGCUAUGGUUUGCAUUGCUUUCAUAGCCACCAAGCCUGGCAGCUCCUGGAAACGCUGGAUUGGAAGCAAGUGGUCUAAUUCUCUCGUGUUGUUCUGCUCAUCCAUCCAAGUAAUAAUCUGUAUGGUUUGGUUGUCUCUAUCACCUCCCUUCUCAGAGCUGGACACUCACUCCAAUCAGGGAAUGAUCAUUGUGCAGUGUAAUGAAGGCUCCGUUAUUGGGUUCUACUCAGUCCUGGGUUAUAUGGGGGUCUUGGCGAUUAUUAGUUUUAUUAUGGCUUUUUUAGCUCGAACAUUACCGGAAAGUUUUAAUGAGGCCAAGUACAUCACCUUCAGCAUGCUGGUGUUCUGCAGUGUCUGGAUUGCCAUGAUCCCAGCUUAUCUCAGCACCAAAGGGAAAUACAUGGUGGCUGUGGAGAUAUUCGCCAUACUGACCUCAAGUGCUGGAGUCUUAGGGUGUAUAUUCUUCCCAAAAUGUUACAUUAUCCUGUGGAGACCUGAACUCAAUACAAGAUCACAUUUACUGGAGGGUAGACAAAAAUGA